AUGUCGUCCCCGGAGAGAAAAGGGAGAGAGAAGAAGGAGCCGUCGUCGGAAUCGGCCCCCAAUCCGUCACUGCCUCAUGAUUUGGUGUUGAGCUGCAUCGCACGCGUCUCGAGGUUGUACUAUCCGACUCUCUCCCUCGUCUCCAAGAGCUUUCGAUCUCUCAUUGCUUCACCGGAACUUUACAAGGCCCGAUCACUCUUGGGCCACACGGAGAGUUGUCUCUACGUGUGCAUACAAGUCUUAGGCGACAACAGUCCUAACUGGUACACCCUCUGCCGGAAACCUAAUAAAACCACCAAGUCGUCAAGUGGGUAUGUUUUGGCUGCAGUCCCAGUUCCCGAUGCUCCUCUGGCGCUACUUUCGGGUUCGGGUCUUGUGGCGGUUGGUUCUAAUAUCUACAACAUUGGCGGAUCCGACCUGAACUCCAUGGCCGAGGGGUCCUACUCUAGGGUCACGGUACUGGAUUGUCGGUCUCACACGUUGAGCGAGGCUCCAAGCUUGCGUGUUGCGCUCCGUUCACUUUCUGCAAGCGUCGUUGACCGAAACAUAUAUGUAGUAGGUAGCUGCAGAGCUGGUGAUACUGAUUUGAAGAACUCGUACCAGGUGUUGGACACAAAAGCUCAAGUUUGGGAUCAUGUGCCCUGUGGCGAGACAGAAGUCGUAGGUAUCGACAAGACCGUAUCUUUUAAAGAUAAGUUCCACGUGGUGGGUAGAAGUAAGGACGGUGGCCGUAAGGUGGUUGCUUACGAUCCCAAGGAACGUAAAUGGGAAGCUGUUGACCGACAUGUAGGUUGGUUUAUUGAUCCAGGAGCUUCUUGCGAGAUAGGCAACGUUUUGUACGCUACUUCUCGUUGUCUUGAGGAGAGAGUGUUGGUAUGGUAUGAUACUGAGGAGACAAUGUGGAGAAAUGUGACGGGUUUGGUAGGACUUCCUAAGCUCACUUGUUUGUGGGAAAGCGAGGCGUUUCGCUUUAAUGAUUUCGGUGGAAAGAUGGGGUUUUUGUGGGAAGGGGAGGCGUUUCGCUUUAACUAUUCCGGUUUCUUGCAAAAGAAGAUUUGGUUUGCGGAGAUUGCGCUUGAAAGGCGCAGCAGUUGUGAAAUUUGGGGGAAAGUUGAAUGGUUUUAUCAUGUGCUUACAGUCCCUGCAACGUCUUGGGUCAUCAAGGUUCUUUCUGCUACUGUCUGA